AUGCAUUUUAUCUCGGCUCUUUACUCCGUCGCGGUGACCAUCGCCCUUGUGCUCCCGGCCACGGCCGCACCCCAACCGAUCACGAAGCGCGCACCGUCCGACCUCAGCUUGAAUGCUCAACUGCGACUAGCAGACACUGCCAUUGAGCGCUAUCAGCUCCUACCAAAUGACAGCGACUUCGUCUUCAACUUCACCGGCAGCGAGGAAGUCCCGAUCGCCAGCAGCCAGAACUGGCCAGCACUGGUAGGCGUCGGCGCCUCAUUCAGCAUCUCACAACUGCCGGCCUGCAGCAUGAGCUUCCUCCACCUGCACCCGCGCGCCACCGAGCUUUUCGGCCUCACCUCGGGCCGCAUCCUGUCAGAGAUGGUGCCCCAGGCCGGCGUCCUCAACGCCGACGGCAAGCAGCGCGUUAUCAGCGUAGAGCUCGGCCCCGGAAUGGUGACCGUCUACCCGGCCGGCUCGUUCCACACGCAGGUCAACCCGGACUGCGAGCCGGCCAGCUUCGCGGCGGCGUUCACCUCCGACGAGUUCGCCGUGAGUCUGAUCGCUGAGCAGACGUUCUCGCUGCCUGAUGAUGUGAUUGCUCGCACUUUCGGGCAGAGUAUUGCCGGGGAGGACAUUGAGAAGGUGCGCGGUGCGAUUCCGGCGAGUAUGGCUAUCCAGGUGGAGGAGUGUUUGGCUAAGUGUGGGAAGGAGAAACGUCGGGUUUGA